AAAAACCGUUUUAAGUGAGGUGGUAGGUAUGAUAUCCCCGUCUUUUGUACAGACCAAAAGCUGGGCAACAGCAUCUCUGACUGUCCAAAUCCAGAUGCUCCUUUUUAAUAUCGCAGUGGUCGUGCCUGCUGUUUUUGCAGCUAAAGGCACUGAUCAGUGGUGAAGAUCCUACUUUUCAGAUCUUCAUUUUUUUUGUACUUUUUUUUAUAGUCACGUAUAUCUGCAUAGAUAUAUAACCAUGGUGCUGGGAAAGGUGAAGAGUUUUACAAUAAGCUAUGACUGUCCUAAUGAUAACAAUAUACCCGUCUAUGCCAGCGGAGAUUCAGUCUCUGGACGGGUGAUUAUAGAAGUUACUGGUGAAAUCAGGGUGAGAUCUCUUGCAAUCCAUGCAAGGGGACAGGCGAAAGUGCGCUGGACAGAAUCGAGAAAUGCUGGUUCUAAUACUGCCUAUACUCAGAACUACACUGAAGAAGUAGAGUAUUUCAACCACAAAGACCUUUUAAUCGGACAUGAUAGAGAUGAUGAUGAUUCUGAAGAAGGUCUCACCACUAUACCUUCAGGCAAACACGAAUACCCAUUCAGCUUUGAGCUUCCACAGAUACCAUUAGCUACCUCUUUUGAAGGCAAAUAUGGCAGUGUGCGCUAUUGGGUGAAAGCUGAACUGCACAGGCCAUGGAUGCUGGUAAUGAAAGUGAAGAAGGAAUUCACAGUCUUUGAACACAUUGACAUUAACACUCCAUUGUUGCUGUCACCACAGGCAGGCACAAAAGAGAAAACUCUUUGUUGCUGGUUCUGUUCCUCAGGCCCAAUAUCCCUAAGUGCCAAAAUCGAACGGAAGGGCUACACACCAGGUGAAUCAAUUCACAUUUUUGCUGAAAUUGAGAAUUGUUCUUCCCGUAUGGUAGUGCCAAAGGCAGCCAUUUACCAAACACAGACUUUCUAUGCCAAAGGGAAAAUGAAGGAAGUUAAACAUCUUGUAGCCAACUUACGAGGUGAAUCACUGUCGUCUGGAAAAACAGAGAGUUGGAAUGGAAAACUACUGAAAAUUCCACCAGUGUCACCCUCGAUUGUAGACUGCAGCAUAAUCCGGGUGGAAUACGCACUGACGGUCUACGUGGAUAUCCCUGGAGCAAUGAAUUUAACCCUGAAUUUACCACUAGUUAUUGGUACCAUUCCAUUACAUCCCUUCGGCAGCCGAACAUCGAGUGUCAGCAGUCAGUGUAGCGGGAAUUUGAAUUGGUUAAGCCUCGCACUGCCUGAAAGACCUGAAGCUCCACCUAGCUAUGCAGAAAUAGUGUCUGAGCAGCAGCGACGAAAUAACCUGGCGACCACAGCAGUACGGGAUGAGUUAGAAAGAGUUUUUGAGGGACCAUUGUUUGCCUACAUCCAGGAAUUUAGGUACCAACCUCCACCUGUGUAUUCAGAGAUUGAUCCUAAUCCUGAUCAGGCAAAUCAGAAUAGAGAAGCAAAUCCUUGUUGUUCCUCCCGCUGAGGGGCUUUGUGUGGCUAUCAAGCCUCUUCUUUAUAUGAUGGUUUUAAAAUGCAUUACUGCACUGUUGAAGACAGAAAACUCAACGCAAAGAGAAAAUCUGUGAUGUUUUAUAACAGUGGCUAGACAGACACAACCUGUGCUAAUAAAACCGAAAAGCUGUGGCCUGUGACGAAAAGCUGCUGAAGAUGCCGAAGGAAAUCGUAACUUUUUCACGUGGCAUAGACAAGAAGCAGCUGAAGUGGACAGUGGCUACAGUCUGUUAUGACAUUCAUACCAUUCUCCUGGGGUUCUCGAACUUCACAGAAAUUUGCACAUAUUAUUCAGUGCUUGUGUUGCGCUUCAUAUUCCAUUCAGUCUUGAUGAUGGCUGUUUUGUUUUUAUUUUUGGUUGUGGUGAAUUGUAGGCCACAGACUUCCAAGUUAAGUUUUAUUUUGGUCUGGGGUCUGCACAGUUUAAAGAUCAAGUCAGCAGUGUACAAAACUGACAAUGCACUGAUAUUAUGUAGCCUGGACUGUACCUGCUUUGCACGUGCUCAGUAUUGUCUUCUCAGACAGGCCUUGCAACACCAACCUACUUGUGGCUUCUUUUAAAACAUCAAAUGCCUUCAAGCCAAUAUUUGUUGCUGUUUGUUCUUUUGCAGCCUAUUGUAGUAGAAUAGCAACUGAUCAAAGACCUGGAAUAAGGCUACAGAGAAGAUUCUAGGUUAAUUUUCUAUUGACGGGAGACUGUACUUUGUUGUUACUCCUAUUUGUUGCAUUUCUACUAUAUACAGAGUAGUUUUGUGUUUCAGACUGCCUAAAACACUCAAAUCUCAGGUGAAUUUGUCACUUGCCAAAUUGUUGGUAUUUUCUUUUUUUUAAAAAAAAUGUGUUUUGAUUAAAUUGCACUGUUAAACCAAGGGACAUUGCAAAAUAUGGAUGGAUUUUUGAAUUCCUUUUUCUCUUCUCAUAAUGCAUUUGACCAUAAUAUUUUCUGUCAACAAUGAAGCAUUACUUUAUAACCCUUCCGUAUUUUGUUCUCCUGUUCCCAGUGAAGUGGGCCAAGAUUUUGGUCAACCUAUUUUUACUAAAACAAACCUAAGCAAUUCUGGAUUAUAUGAAAGUCUGAAGAACCUAAACACUUUGUUUAGUAUUAGAUGCUACUUUGUUUCACCAAGGUUGAAACUUUUAGAACCAAUAAUGGGCAUUUUUGUUGCAAAAGAAAGUCAAACUCUUCCAAUUCGAUCAGUCGUAGGAUUGAGUACAAGUGGUCUUAUUCCGCCAGUGGCCUUUUUGUAAAGAAUACAAAUUCAACUGACUAUUGCUAUUCUGUAUUGACACAAGUGCAGCACAAACAUGGGAUAGAUGUGGGAAAGGUUUGACUGUGGUAUUUCUGCUGUGUAUUGUUCUGCUACGUUGUGCAGGGAGGGCAUUGAGGGUCACAACAUUUGCGAGCACCCCGAUUUACAAAUUAUUUUGUGGGGUAGUUGGCAUUAUAGGGCAUUUGAUGUUUCCAUUUGGGCAACCUUAAUUUCUUUUUUUUUUUUCAAAACUAGGGAUCAACAAUUGCUUAUGCCUACAACAGGUAUGAAACCUGAUUCCAUACAAGAAAAAUUAACAAAAAAAAUUGAAAAGGGAUGGAUCAAUAUUACUCUGCACCUGUCAUUGGCCAAAGAUGGCUGGCCAUUACGAAUGUUGUUAGUUUUCUUUGUUUUCAAGACCUUGGGUGCAGUUAAUCAAAUGGAGUUCGCAAUACUUCAGGUGUGGAUGUAUUUGCUGAAACUGACUUGGUGUGAGAAUGCUCAUUUUUAAACAUAUAUUCCUUUUUAAAUAUAUAUUUCUUAGAUAUUGAUCAAUCCCUAAGGUAAGAAAAAGAGGACUUUAGUCCAGUAUUCAAUUUAGAUUCCUGAUGUAAUAAUUAGGAAUAAAUAUUUUAAAAUCCAAAAUGUUCUAGAAACCAAGUGCAAUAUUUAAUGUUUUUUGUAAGGUUUUUUUCCUUGACCAUGUACAGAUCUUUUUGUUUUUGUUCUGUGCUGUAAUUAUCUUUGUAGAUUUUGUUAAGGAGACAUG